UUUACUUACCUAUCGAUGAGUUAUAUAGUCGCGCGCGUCGUUCGCUGCCGAAGGUGCGAGUUACGCAGCAGCAGGUUGAUUGACGACUCCCACGUGAAAAGGCCGCUCGUCUUCCGCAGUCCGUUCGUCAAUGCAGCAGGGCAGCGCUGUUAACCUGGUCGCCACUCAUCAACAGUUUAUACAUAAACACAUAGACUCAGACCCAAUCACCGCAAUCCCAAGGCUCAAGCACUAGGCGGCACAGACCUUGCAAGCGAUAGCACGUUUGCUCUCCCCGUUCUCUUCUGCCGCUCUUAUCGCGCUGGUGGCAGCAGAAGUCAUCAGCAACGGUAUACACGUGACGAUGCGUCGCGUUUUGAAGAAAGUAUUCCAGAAAAACGAACGUCAGGAUGAUAGCGACUCUAUUUUGGACCUGAACCCGACCAGCGACCGCUCGUUGGGCGCGAGUUCCGACGUAUAUCUACCAUCUGCCUCGAGUUCACCUUUGGCGCGCGGACUGAGCCCGGCUGUUGAGCCGCUUCUGAGGAGCGCGGCCGAAGCUGCGGGCGUGGGGCCUUCUGCCAAGCCCCCGGCCGUGUACCAGACGCACAUCGGCGGGCUCCACCCGCUCACUACUCACCCGCACCCGCAACAGCUUCCCCAACCCAGCCAGCAGCUGCCCUCGCCGCUCAAGCCGCACCCACCUGCGGGAGCCCCGCCCUCGCCCAGCAGCCUGCCCGCCCUGGCCAGCUCAUCCCCCGUGGGCGCGCCCGCGCCCCCCGGCGCCGACGUGCCGGUAACCACCCUGGCCGCGCAGGUGGUUGCGGCGCCCGGUAACAUGGCGGUUGCGUCAGCGCCGAGCACGCCGCCCGCCGCCCAGCCCGCGCCGGACGCGGCGGCGGCGACGUCGCUGCCCAGCCCGCCGCGCGACCACGUCGCGCCCAAGACGUACGAGAGCGUCACCAUCGCCAUGGGCCGCCACUGCCCGCCCGCGCUGCGCCGCCCCGUGUGGCACGUGACCGACUUCGACCUGCGGCGCCUCAUGUACAACGGCGCCAUCAGCAUGGUUUACCACGCGGUGGACAAGCGCAGCGGCAUCACGGUGGCGCUCAAGCUCUACAAGCGCAUCAAGCUCAACGAGAUCGAGAGGCACCAGGUGGCUCGUGAGAUCCGGCUGCACUCGGAGCUGGCUCAUGACUCCAUCAUCGCGCUGUACGCGGCGUGGAAGGACCGCGCCUACGUCUACUUGGCGCUGGAGUGGGCGCCCGGGGGUGACGUGUACAGCUACCUCAAGUCGCAGCGCGGCCGCCUGGCUGAGGAGCUGGCUGUGCCGCUCAUCCUGGAGCCCUUCAUGGCGGGCCUGGCCGUCAUCCACGACCGCGGCCUCAUCCACCGAGACAUCAAGCCCGAGAACAUGCUGCUCACCAACAGCUUCCAGGUGAAGAUUGCGGACUUCGGACUGUCCAUUGAUUCCAAGCAGGAGAUCGCCAACACACGCCUGGGCACCAUCGACUACCUGGCCCCUGAGAUCCUGGACUGCCCUGUGAAGCAACACCCCGAGGACCACAAGGACAGACCCGACACAGGAUACACCAACAAGGUGGACUGCUGGAGUGUGGGCGUGCUGGCAUACGAGCUGCUGGUGGGGCAGCCGCCCUUCGCGGCGCCCUCGGCCCAGGAGACGCUGCGGCUGAUCCGCACCAAGAAGGUCGAGUACCCCAACUGGCUGUCUGCCGACUCCAUCAGCUUCAUCAGCUCCGUGCUGGUGCGCGACCCCACGCUGCGCCCCUCCAUCCUGGAGCUGCUGCAGCACCCCUGGAUCCUCAAGUACAGCCGCCGGGAGGGCGCGGCGGGCGGCGCCGGCGGCCGCGGCCGCGCGCGCAUGCUGCGGCGCGGCACCGUGGACGGCGGCGGAGUGGGUCAGCUGGUGCGCAGCAACACAGUGGGCGGCGUGGCGGACCUCGUGCCCCUUGCGGCCCACCAGCAACAGCAGCAGCAGCAGCAGCAACAGCAGCAACAGUUCAUGCCGCACCCGCCCGCCGGCGCCCAACCGCCAGCCAACAACGCCGCCGCCUUCCAGGCGCAGCUGGCGGCGGCCGCCGCCAACGGCCAACUGCUACAGCCGCAAUACCAAAUGCUGCAGCAGCAGCAGUACCUGCAGCACCACCACCACCACCACAUGCAGCAGCACCAGCACCAGUCGGCGCUGCAGCACGCGCAGACGUACGGGCACGGCCACGCGCUGGACGGCAACAACGCGGCGGCAGCGGCGGCGGCGUACGCACAGCUGCAGGCGCAGGCACAGCAGCUGCAGCUGCAGCAGCAGCUGCAGGCGCAGCAGCUGCAGCAGCAGGCCUUCCAGCAGCAACAACUGCAGCUGCAGCAGCAGCUGGCGGCGCAGCAGGCGCAGCACCUGCAGGCCGCGGCGGCGGCGGCCGCCACCGCCCACAGCGGCGGCGGCGCCGCCGGUAACACCCCCAUGAUGAUGAUGCUGGAUGACUCAGAGAUGGAUGGCGGCGGCGCCGCCGCCAGUGGCGGCGGCGUGCCGCUUUACAGCAUGGCAUUGCCGCCGCCAGGUGUGCCCGCCGGCAUUGCCGCCGCCGCCUGCCCGCUGACGUCAUCGGCGCCGCCGGCGGCGCCGUCCCACGCCGCCGGCGGCUUGGCGCCGCCAGCGGCGGCGGCGGCAGCGGCGGCGGACAAGACUGCGGGUUCCGCGCUGGCACGCAAGCUCAAGUUCUGGAGCUCCGCCUCCUCCACCAACGCCACCCCCGUGCAGGCGUCCAUGCCGCAGCCCACGCUGCUGCAGCUGGGCGGCGGUGCCGCCGCCGCAGCUGGCGGCGGCGCCGCCGGCGCGGCGCUGACGUCGCUGAGCUCGCCGUCGUCGGGCCGCGUGGGGCCGCUGCCUCCGGUGGCGGCGCCGGCGGCGGCGGCGGCUGGCAGCGGCGGUGGUUUGUUCGCGCGGCUGACGGCGUCCAAGUCCAAGGGCUCCGUCAGCGGCGGCGGCCUGCCGUUGUCGACUUCGCCGGGCGCGCCGUCGCCGGUGGCGGCGGCGGCGGGCAUGGGCUCCGCCAUCGGUGCGGUGGCAAUGCUGUCGGCGGCGCCGGGCUCGCCGGCUCGCCUGGGCUCGCCUGCGCGCCUGGGCGGCAGCGUGUCAAAGACGGCGUCGAUGCUGGCGGCGGCGGCGGCGGCGGCCGCGGCGGCGGGCGGCGAGGCCGGCGGCUGUAGCCCCAUGGAAGUGGAGGGCUCGCCGCACACCGCCGCCAGCCGUGGCGCCUCAUUUGCGCGCAACGUCGGCCUUGCGCAGUAGCGGCGGUUGCACGUUGCUGCGUACGUGCUGCGGUGUGGAUAGACGCAAGCAAGGGACCGAAGGGACCGAAGAGAGCCCGCCGUGGCCCGUCUGUCGGCAAAUCAGCGCAGGGCUAGGAAUGACCCUGCUUGCUUGUGGCAUUGCAAGAGAGGCGCGACGUUGGAUGGGCAGCGUCAGGAGAAGCGAGCGCAACCAGACAUCUGACUUUUAUCGACCGUGCGUGUCGCUCGCCGUGGCUACCUUACGGGACCUACCGCGGGCGUGCACUGCAGCGGUGUUUUAAUUACUGUUGACAAUGCAAGUGCGUUACCGCUAGCACACAUGAGUACGCCGUGCCAGUGUGCACCGUCUUCAAUCGUAGCAAGGGUAUCCGGUGGCGUGCGCCUUUUUCAGCGCGCGUGAGCGAGAAACGGGGUUGCAGAGUCUUGUUUCGUACGUAAUCGAGCGAGCCUGCAUACAGGGGCUGAAAUGACAGAAGGGAGAUUGGUACGGUACGUGAUCCGGGCGCGCGGAGUGGAACGUGUGGGUUGUGUUUCUUGUGAAGCAAGGCCGCAGGGUUUGGACACGGAAGUGGCUGCAUCGCCCAGUGCUGCGAGGGCUGUUGCCUACUGCUGCCGUUAGCAGCGAGCUAAUAUCAAUAUAAUAUAGCUACAAAUUUGGAUGCUAUUUGGUGAUUUCUGGGCUGUCGAUGUGAUACAUACUGGAUGUGGUACUGGAUGCAGCAGGGCGUACACGGAACGGACGCGCAGUUUCAAGGUUGUGCUUGUACGCUGCUGCGGCGGGAAACGCUCUUAUGCCCACCACAUAUCCUGCCCAGCCCGCCGCUGCCGCGCAAAGCUGCAACAUGAUACGAGUCCCAGUACCACUGGAGAUGGUGUGUGGUGGAUGAUGCGGAGAUGCAACAAAAGGAGUAAAGCAGAUUGAGAUUCCAUUGAGAAUCUUUGCUGGCUGGCACCCAUGCUGGAUGCUUUGGGGGGGUCCUGCGUGUUUGAUGCCCAGGCUCCCAGUCGUGUUCGGGAAUGCCCUGUGCGCGAGCCAUCAGUGGCAUGC